AUGCAGCUGGCCUUGGCCUCCGGGCGGGCGAGGGCACCUGCCAGCGCGUUGCCUCCUGCUGCCCCCCGCGCCCGCCCCCGCCUGGUCUUUCACACGCAGCUGGCCCACGGCAGCCCCACGGGCCGCAUCGAGGGCUUCACCAACGUCAGGGAGCUCUACGCCAAAAUCGCCGAGGUCUUCGGCAUCUCGCCCACCGAGAUCCUCUUCUGCACGCUCAACACGCACAAAGUGGACAUGCAGAAGCUGCUGGGGGGGCAGAUCGGCCUCGAGGACUUCAUCUUCGCCCACGUGCGCGGCGAGACCAAGGAGGUGGAGGUGACAAAGACGGAGGAUGCACUGGGACUCACCAUCACGGACAAUGGCGCUGGCUAUGCCUUCAUCAAGCGCAUCAAGGAGGGGAGCAUCAUCAACCGCAUCGAGACGGUGUGCGUGGGCGACAGCAUUGAGGCCAUCAACGACCAGACCAUCGUGGGCUGCCGCCAUUAUGAGGUGGCCCGAAUGCUGCGCGAGCUGCCCCGUGCGCAGCCCUUCACCCUCCGCCUGGUGCAGCCCAAAAAGGCCUUUGACAUGAGCGGGCAGGGGACGCGGACCAGCAAGUGCGCGGCCGAGGGCCGGGUGGCCAGCGGGAAGGAGACGCUGCGUCUGCGGGCGACGAGCGCUGCCACCCUCGAGGAGGGGCCCAGCGCCGCGGAGGAGACGGCCGCCCGGCGUGUGGAUGACCUGCUCGAGAGCUACAUGGGCAUCCGCGACGGCGAGUUGGCCUCGAGCAUGGUGGAGACGGCGAGGGGCGUGGGCAGCGCUGCAGCGCUGGCCACCGGGCUGGCCACGCUGCUGGGCGACUUCGCCUUCCCUGAGGAGUUCGUGGCCCAGCUGUGGGCGGCCGCGGGGCGCCCCGAGUAG